UACGUCCGAAUGUGCGUCGUGCGUCGUGCGUCACGCCGUCGCUCGAGAAGCAGCGUCAAACUCUCCGUUCCACAAACAGCACAUUAUUUGUGUUUGUAGAGUUAAAAAAUGACGGUGUGCAACUUCUUUCUUCAAGGUCGCUGUAGAUACGGAGAAAAGUGCUGGAAUGAACACCCGAGAGGCGAAAGAGGAGGAGAUUACAGAGGAACCCAGCAGCCGAGCAGAGGAGGUUAUGGGAACCGCGUGUGGAUAAACCCGUCUCAGCGCACCGGCGGCGAUUACGUCCAGCCGUCCUCGUUCUCUCGUGACGGAGAUAAUGACUGGAGCCGAGGAGGAGGAGGAGGAGGAGGAGCGUCACGAGACGUCAAGAGCUCUGACUUCAGCUUCAGCGGCCAGAACAGAUUCUCAGCGCUCGCCUCGCACAGUCACUCUGAUAAAGAUGUACAGAGCUCCACGGAUGAUGUGGAUACUAUCCAGAAAGACAUGGAGAUCUGGCAGACUUCGGGUCAGUGGCCGUUUUCCUGUUAUUCUGUCCUCCCCGGCAAGCUUUCAGGGUUUGUCGAGGUGUCUCCUGAGGAGCUGAGGCUGGAGUAUUACACCGGCCGAGCAUCUGGUGAUUUACAGGCUUACAUGAACUCGGUUCAGCAGCUGGCAGACCAGUGGAGGAGCAGAGUUCAGGAGCUGCGGACCAUGAGCAGCUCCACUCGGAUCAGUGUGAUCUCCGAGCUCAAUGACCCCAGUUCACAAACAUCAACACAUGAGUUCGGCUCCUCUGCAUCAGCGUUUGGAACCACAUCUUCAUCUUCAUCAUCUGGCUUUGGAGCAGGAGGGUUUGGUCCAGGCUCUCAGAGCAGUAGCGGUUUCAGCUUCGCCCCGUCCAAAACUGGCUUUGAAACGACAAAUACCCAGCAUGCCUCUGGUUUGGGCAGUGGCACGUUCGCUCAGCCCCCGUCAGGUUUCAGCGCUCCUGCUGCGUCUGCGGCCUCCUUUUCUUUCGCAGGACCAGCCGCAGACGACAAAUCCAGUGCUGCAGCAGCGUCCAGCUCUGUGUCUGCGUUCAGCUUCAAGCCGUCUCCAGGAGGGUCCCCGGGACCGGCUGACGGCGGGGGCUUCGGUCAGAGCAGCACUAGAGCUGCAGACACUGGUCUGUUCUCGGCCCACAGUGACCUGACGGCUGAAGAACUGAAGGAGUUCACAGCUAAACGCUUCACGCUGGGACAGAUCCCUCUCAAACCGCCUCCUGCUGACCUCCUCGUGGUCUAAUGCGGACUCUGGGGGUUUGUCUGUUUAAUGCAAUAUUAUUAAACGUGUUUAUAGACCAAGAGAGAGAGUGUGUCUGUGUUUUAAGAG